AUGGAUGGAGAAGUAUGGGGAGGCAGAUGUGCUCCAUUUAGAGAAGCUGAACUCAGACCACCAUCCUUUAUUGGUCAAAACGGUGGGUGGCCAAGGGGAGCGGAGGGGCGGAGCGAGCUUCAAAUUCAUGGCAACGAAGAAACAGGGAGGUGGAACAAGGAAGUGUUUGGUAGUAUAUUCAAGAGGAAGAGAAGGGCUCUAGCUCGCAUUGGGGGAAUACAGAGGGCGAAGGAAAGAUAUGUAACUCCAAAACUUUUGGCACUUGAGACGGAAAUCAUGGAAGAGUUAGAGGAGUUGAAAGUGCAGGAGGAAAUACUACUCAUUUGA